AUGGGCCUUGAAUACGAAACGAAAGAAUGCGUUGAGUCGCCUCCGCAAUAUGAAAGUAGCGAUAAUGAUAGCUUGAGAUAUACUCACGAGAUCGGUGGGAACACCUCCAAAGCUACAUACCAAGAGGCUUCGGGGGCCCCUGUUGAGGUCAAUUCUCCAUUGGGCUAUUCGGUUGGUUGGGUGACUGUUGUCUUUCUCAAUUUGAGCAAAAUGAUCGGAACGGGUGUAUUCUCAACACCAUCGAACGUCCUCAAGGGCGCUGGCUCUGUUGGCCUAGCAUUAUUUUACUGGGUGAUUGGAUACUUGAUGGCAUCCAGUUCUUUAUCCGUCUAUAUGGAAUUUGCAUCGUGCUUCCCCAGUCGAUCGGGCUCUGAAGUCGUUUACUUGGAACAGUCUUAUCCGCGACCAAAGUACUUUUUUCCCACUGUUUUUGCGAUGCAGACUGUGCUGUUUUCGUUUAGCAGCAGUAACGCUGUUGUUUUGGCGCAAUAUCUAUUCAAACUUGGACAUGCGACUCCUACAGCUUGGGAACUCAAGGGGGUAGCUGUUGCUUCUUACACCGUUGCAGUCCUGGCCCUGGCAUUCAAUACCAGAUGGUCUCUCAGAUUAGCGAAUGCGAUCGGAUUGGUCAAGCUCGUCACACUGAUAUUUAUUGGAAUCAGUGGAUUAGUCGUCCUAGGAGGCCACACCUCGGUGAAAGACCCCAAGGCCAACUUCCGAAACGCCUUCGAAGGCACGGGUGCAGCUACGGUCUACGGAACAACAAAUGCGUUGACCAAAGUGUGGUUCUCAUAUGCGGGCUAUGAGAACGCCUUCAAUGUGGUCAAUGAAGUCCGAAACCCCACCAAAACAUUCAAGUGGAGUGCUCCCUUGUCGUUAGGUCUGACAGCGACUUUAUAUGUCCUAGCCAAUAUUGCAUAUUUCAGCGCUGCGACAAAGGAGGAAAUCAUCGAGUCGAAAGUGGUUGCCGCUGGUCUGUUCUUCGAGAAGGUCUUUGGAACCGGCAGCGCGGCCUCGGCAUUGAAUUUCCUUAUUUGCCUGAGUGCAUUUGGAAAUCUACUUGCUGUGCUCAUCGGCCAGUCUCGUGUUCUGCCAUUCACAACAUUCUGGACUUCAACAAAACCGUUUGGAACACCGCUUGGUCCUUACUUGGUGAAAUGGGGGCUCACAAUCUUGAUGAUCCUGGCACCUCCUGCUGGCGAUGCGUUUAAUUUCAUCGUGGAUCUUGGAGUCUAUCCAGCAUCGUUCUUUGGAUUAUUACUCACAAUAGGAUUGGUGGUGACUCGAGCUCGUCGCAAGCGUCUCAAUUUACCAGCCCCCGAUUACCAGGCUUGGCACGUUACAGUUGGAUUUGCGAUUCUCUCCAAUUUGUACAUGGUGGUUAUGCCAUGGUAUCCGCCCAGCACUGGAGCCACUGGAGGUGAUGUGAGUUUCUGGUAUGCAACAUAUUGUGCAGUGGCCAUUGGAAUCAUUGCUAUUUGUGGUGUUUAUUACUAUGUCUGGAUCAAGCUUCUUCCCCGGCUCCAAGGGUUUAAAUGGCAACAGACUAUUCUAAAACUUGAAGAUGGUGCUACGGCCCAUCGGCUCGUUAGGGUGCCCAAGAAGGAUGCCUGA